UGAAAUUCUCGUGCUGUUCUGCGAAGUUGUAGACAGCAUUCCAUGCUAUUUACUUCAGCUCACCCGUUUUGACAGAAACGUGAUCAAACACCCCGGAAUGCUAAGAUGUCCUCAGACGAAGGAGAGGUAAGCGGCCCAGUUCUGCCAAAGGACUCUGAUCGGGGCAGUUCGGUCUCUUCUGAGUUACAGGAUGAAUACGAGGAGCUGCUUCGGUAUGCUGUCGUUACUCCCAAAUUUGAUGCGUCCGUCCUCCGGCAGUCCAAGCCUGCCUUGAAGCAGAUAACUGAUGGACGAGUCUCUGUGGCAGCGGGCGAUGCUGUGUCUGAGAAUUCAGGAGAGUCCGCGUCUGAACAGAAGUGUACCAGCAGCGAGCUGGAGUCGGCCAGAGUCUCCCCGCUGCCAAUAGCGCCUCGGACUGCUGGAGCUUCAGUUGAAGAGAAACUGUCCAAGACCCCUGUGAAUGAUGUAGAAUGGGAUGGAGAGCAGUCAGAACAGUCCAGCCAGGGCAGCGUGGAUCCGCAGGUCAACGUGACGACGGAGCUGUUUGUCACCGAAGAGAACCUGGGCAGGAUGGAGAAGAUCCUGGACACCUGGAGCAAUAAUCUGAAGACGAACGUGAUGACGGAGCUGAGGAAGUGGAAGCUGUCCUUCAAGGAGAAGCACAAGCUGGAGCUGAGGAAGGAGAGAGAGAGGCACGCCGCUCAUGUGACCGGCCUGACCACCGAGAUGGACAACCUGAAGGAGCUGCUGGACACCUACAAGACCUCCAACCAGAGGAAGGACGAGGUGAUCAGCUCCCUGACCUCCAGGCUGGAGAGGCAGAGGGACAGAAUGGAGAUGAUGAGAACCUUCACCCACUGGAGGCUGCAGCGCACCGACGCCAAGGAGGAGGCGUACGGCUCCAGACUGGCGAGACAGCACUACCAGCUGCAGCUGAAGAGGAAGGUGUGGGCCGCCUGGCACUCGCUCAUCGAGACCAAGUGGAGGGAGCGGGUGGAGCGGGCGUGCCAGGUGCGAGCGGAGCAGGUCUGCAUGCGGCUGUCCACCGACUACGACGCCAAGCUCAACGAGCAAUCGGAAGCUCUGGACAGGGCCCGGGCGCAGGUGCAGAGGCUGCAGUCUGAGAGGGAGCAGUACGAGGAGGCCAUGAAGAAGGCCUUCAUGCGUGGAGUCUGCGCCCUCAACAUGGAGGCCAUGUCCAUGUUCCACGUGGGGGACAACAGGCGAGAGAGAGACCUGCCCACCCCGCGGGAUGAGCCCAGCUCCAGCUCCUCGGUCCGGUUCUUGCCGCCGCCCCAGCCCGCCUCUUCCACACGGUUCAGCCCGGUCCCGUCAGAGUCCCCGCCUCCACCACCCCCACCCCACAGCGAUUCAGAGGAAAUGUUCUUGUCCCAGAUGGGAUCUGCUCCUGGUCCCUCCAGAACAGGUCUCACGUCCACCACUGUAAUCGACAGUGUUGUGCCACCAGGGGGCACUGCAUCCUCCCUCAGACAGGCCAGCGCACACAUCGUGACGUCCGGCCAACAGAAAGCCGCAAAGACCAUCACCGCUCGCAUCACGGGUCGCUCGGAGCCCGGAGCGAAGGUCACCCGCGCACCGAGCCACCUCCAGGUGACCGGAGUGGCCCCGCCCAUGAGCUCUGUCAUCGUGGAGCGACAUCACCCUAUCACACAGCUUACUGUCGGCCAGGCGACGGCGGCCAAGUUUCCCAGACCGUCGCAGCAAAGCGCCGUGGCCUCGAGCGGCAGGGGCCUCUCCCAGAAGCCCCGAGGCCCCUCCUCCUCCUCCUCUCACAUCCACUCCAUCAGGGUGGUGCAGUAAAGCCAUCCUAAACCACACGUGCAGACCCUCCCGCGUUCACUCAGAGCGACGGAGCGAGCACGCUUGCACUAACAGAGGCUUCAUCACUGUGAGCGGUUUAUGCAAAAGCCAACCACUAUCCAUGUUUGCAGUGGACCGCUGUUUGGAGUUACUGACAAAGUGUAGCUCAUACAUUGUGCUAUGUAAUGGUUUCAAGGACAUUUUUAGGUUGCUGAAAAGCAGUCGUAGAUUAAUAUAGUUAGUUUUUAUAAACAAA